AACGUCAGUUUUGGCCAAUUUUAUGUAGCAUAUAUGAAAUGCCUGAUAUACAACCUAUGAUUGUUGGCAUUUUCCAUGGAAAUAACAAGCCUCUAGAUAUAAAUGAAUUUUUGGAGCCUUUUGUUGAGGAUGUUAAGCGGCUGCAAUCAAAUGGACUCUGUGUUAAUGGGCAUAUGAUUCACAUAAAAAUUAGAUGCUUUAUCUGCGAUUCACCUGCACGGGCAUUUAUUAAAGGUGUAGUCAAUUUCAAUGGGAUUAAUGGAUGCCUUAAAUGCACUACUGAAGGCGAAUAUUCUUAUCUUUCUCGAACUGUUGUAUUUCCUGAUAUAAAAUGUCCUCUUAGAACUGAUGCAAAAUUCAGAAGUAAACAUUAUGGUAAGCACCAUAAAGGGCAAGAGUCACCAAUUUUGAAAAUUUCCGAAGUUGACAUGGUGCAGGAUUUUAUAGUAGCAGAUGAACUACAUCUUUUAGAGCUAGGUGUGAUGAAGCGUUGUCUAACAGGAUGGAAAGAUGGUUCUAUGGGUUUCUCAAGUAAGCUAUGUGCUCGUGAUAUUGAGAGGAUCUCCAAACAUUUAAUAUCUGUGAAACUUCCAUCUGAAAUUCAUCGUUCCACAAGAGGAUUAGAUUGCCUGGCAUACUGGAAAGGAGUAGAAUGGCGCAAUUUUCUUAAUUAUAUUGGAAUUGUUAUUUUAAAAGAUGUGUUGAACACUGACGUUUAUAAACAUUUUUUACUUCUUUUUGUUGCUGUUAGAAUAUGUUCUUCUGACAUGUAUGCUGAAAAUCGUUCGGUUGCCCAAUUAAUGUUUGAAAAAUAUAUAGAUGAUUUUAAGAUUAUUUAUGGCGUACAAUUUAUUACAAGCAACAUUCAUAACUUAGAACAUGUGGUUGAUGAUGUUAAUAGAUUUGGACAACUUUUUACAAUAUCUACGUACCCAUUUGAGAAUACAUUAUUUCAACUAAAAAAAUUAUUGCGCCAAGGAAAUAACAGUUUGCAGCAAAUUGUUAAUAGAAUUGGCGAAAGAAAUUUAAUAUUGAGCAAUGAUACAAAAAAGACAAGUUUACAGCCAGAAAUUAAGAAAAGGGGGAAUGUUAUCAAGUGCUACAUUUAUUCUCAUAAUUUUUGUUUAAGUAAUGUUUUCAAAAAUUCAUGGUUUUUAACAAAUGACAAUGACAUUGUUCAAAUGAAUUCUGCAUCAGAAAAAGGUGGUAAAAUAUUCAUACAUGGAAAAUCUGUUAAGAAAAAAGAAGAUUUCUUUAGUUAUCCCAUUCGAUCAUCAAAUUUACACAUAUAUAUUUGCAACAUUACAAAUUUAAAUAAUAUGAAACUUUAUUUGCUAGAGAAUGUUGUUUGUAAAAUGGUUGUUAUAAAAUACAAUGAAAGUAAAAUUGUUUUUAUUCCUCUUCUACACACUAUUAAAAAUAAACAAAACUUGAAUGUAAAUUAA